GAGGGUCCGCCCGGCCCCCCGCCGCCGCCGCCGCCGCCGCCGCCGCCGCCUCAGCCGCCGCUGGACGAGGAGCAGGGGAACAUGGCGCCGGGGCCGCCGUCGCCAAGGCCGGGAUCUUGGAAGCCCGGGCCACGCUGAGGGCGCGCAGCUGGAGGAAAUGUCGGCGCUUGGGCGAUGAGAAGCAGUGGUCGCUGGGGUGCUGCGCUGUGCGGCACCAUGGGCUCUGACUCUUGCACCGCGUGGGCAGCUGGCCUCUACUGCCACUGUUGAGAGCCCUCCCUCCACAGGAACACUAACCUGAUCUCGGACGUGGCUGAUUGUGGCAGGAUGUGUCGACGAUGAUGAUGGCAAGGAAGCAAGAUGUCCGCAUUCCCACCUACAACAUCAGCGUGGUGGGAUUGUCUGGGACCGAGAAGGAGAAGGGCCAGUGUGGCAUUGGGAAGUCAUGUCUGUGCAACCGCUUCGUGCGUCCAAGUGCUGAUGAGUUCCACUUGGACCACACCUCCGUCCUCAGCACCAGUGACUUUGGCGGGCGAGUGGUCAAUAAUGACCACUUUCUCUACUGGGGAGAAGUUAGCCGCUCCCUUGAGGACUGCGUGGAGUGUAAGAUGCACAUUGUGGAGCAGACUGAAUUUAUUGAUGACCAGACUUUUCAGCCUCAUCGGAGCACGGCCCUGCAGCCCUACAUCAAGAGAGCCGCUGCAACCAAGCUCGCAUCGGCUGAAAAACUCAUGUACUUUUGCACUGACCAGCUGGGGCUGGAGCAGGACUUUGAGCAGAAACAAAUGCCCGAUGGAAAGCUGCUGGUCGAUGGUUUCCUUCUUGGGAUUGAUGUCAGCCGGGGCAUGAAUAGGAACUUUGAUGACCAGCUCAAGUUUGUCUCGAAUCUCUACAACCAGCUUGCAAAAACAAAAAAGCCCAUCGUGGUGGUCCUGACUAAGUGCGAUGAGGGUGUUGAACGGUACAUUAGAGAUGCACAUACUUUUGCCUUAAGCAAAAAGAACCUCCAGGUUGUGGAGACCUCAGCGAGAUCCAACGUCAACGUGGACUUGGCUUUCAGUACCUUAGUGCAGCUCAUUGAUAAGAGCCGGGGAAAGACAAAAAUUAUUCCUUAUUUUGAAGCUCUCAAGCAGCAGAGUCAGCAGAUCGCCACAGCGAAAGACAAGUACGAGUGGCUCGUGAGUCGCAUUGUGAAAAAUCACAACGAGAACUGGCUGAGCGUCAGCCGAAAGAUGCAGGCCUCCCCCGAGUACCAGGACUAUGUCUACCUGGAAGGGACGCAGAAAGCCAAGAAGCUGUUUCUCCAGCACAUCCACCGCCUCAAGCACGAGCACAUUGAGCGCCGGAGGAAGCUGUACUUGGCAGCCCUGCCCUUGGCUUUUGAAGCUCUCAUACCGAACCUAGAUGAGAUCGACCACCUCAGCUGCAUCAAAGCCAAAAAGCUUUUAGAGACCAAGCCGGAGUUCCUGAAGUGGUUCGUUGUGCUUGAAGAGACCCCGUGGGAUGCCACCAGCCACAUCGACAACAUGGAGAAUGAGCGGGUUCCCUUUGACUUGAUGGACACAGUUCCUGCGGAGCAGCUGUACGAGGCCCACUUAGAGAGGCUGCGGAAUGAGAGGAAGAGGGCAGAGAUGCGGAGGGCAUUCAAAGAAAACCUGGAGACCUCGCCGUUCAUAACGCCUGGGAAGCCUUGGGAAGAGGCCCGGAGCUUUAUUAUGAAUGAAGACUUCUACCAGUGGCUGGAAGAAUCUGUGUACAUGGAUAUUUAUGGGAAGCACCAAAAGCAGAUCAUAGACAAAGCAAAGGAAGAGUUUCAAGAGUUGCUUUUGGAAUAUUCAGAAUUGUUUUAUGAACUGGAGCUGGAUGCUAAGCCCAGCAAGGAAAAGAUGGGCGUCAUCCAGGAUGUUCUGGGGGAGGAGCAGCGGUUCAAGGCAUUGCAGAAGCUGCAGGCGGAGCGUGAUGCCCUCAUCCUGAAGCACAUCCAUUUCGUGUACCACCCGACAAAGGAGACGUGCCCCAGCUGCCCAGCUUGUGUGGAUGCCAAGAUUGAGCACUUGAUCAGUUCGAGGUUCAUCCGCCCAUCUGACCGCAAUCAGAAGAAUUCGCUCUCUGACCCCAACAUUGAUAGGAUCAAUUUGGUUAUCUUGGGCAAAGAUGGUCUUGCCCGAGAGUUGGCCAAUGAAAUCCGAGCUCUUUGUACAAAUGAUGACAAAUAUGUGAUAGAUGGCAAAAUGUAUGAACUUUCCCUGAGGCCGAUAGAAGGGAAUGUCAGGCUUCCCGUGAACUCUUUCCAGACGCCGACUUUUCAGCCCCAUGGCUGCCUCUGCCUUUACAAUUCAAAGGAAUCGCUGUCCUAUGUCGUUGAGAGCAUAGAAAAGAGCAGAGAGUCCACACUGGGCAGGCGGGACAAUCACUUAGUCCACCUCCCCCUGACAUUAAUUCUGGUCAACAAGAGAGGAGACACCAGUGGAGAGACCCUACAUAGCCUAAUACAACAAGGCCAGCAAAUUGCUAGCAAGCUUCAGUGCGUCUUUCUUGAUCCUGCUUCUGCUGGCAUUGGUUAUGGACGGAAUAUUAAUGAGAAGCAAAUCAGUCAGGUUUUAAAGGGACUCCUGGACUCUAAGCGUAACUUAAACUUGGUCAGUUCUACUGCUAGCAUCAAAGAUUUGGCUGACGUGGACCUGCGGAUUGUUAUGUGUCUCAUGUGUGGCGAUCCCUUUAGUGCAGAUGACAUCCUCUUUCCUGUCCUUCAGUCCCAAACCUGUAAGUCUUCCCAUUGUGGAAGCAACAACUCUGUGUUACUUGAACUUCCAAUCGGGCUGCACAAGAAGCGCAUUGAGCUGUCUGUCCUUUCUUACCAUUCCUCAUUUAGCAUCCGGAAGAGCCGGUUGGUUCAUGGGUACAUAGUUUUUUAUUCAGCCAAACGUAAGGCCUCCUUGGCUAUGUUACGUGCCUUUCUUUGUGAAGUGCAGGAUAUUAUCCCCAUCCAACUUGUAGCACUCACUGAUGGCGCUGUAGACGUCCUGGACAAUGACUUAAGUCGGGAACAGCUGACGGAGGGGGAGGAGAUUGCGCAGGAAAUCGACGGGAGAUUCACAAGCCUCCCCUGUAGCCAACCUCAGCAUAAGCUUGACAUCUUUCACCCAUUUUUUAAAGAUGUGGUGGAGAAAAAGAACAUCAUCGAGGCCACACACAUGUAUGAUAACGUUGCUGAGGCCUGUAGCACCACCGAGGAGGUGUUCAACUCCCCCCGGGCAGGCUCGCCACUCUGCAACUCAAACCUGCAGGAUUCCGAAGAGGACAUGGAGCCGCCGUCAUACAGCCUGUUUCGGGAAGACACGUCACUGCCUUCCCUGUCCAAAGACCAUUCUAAACUCUCUAUGGAGCUGGAGGGAAACGAUGGGCUCUCAUUCAUCAUGAGCAACUUUGAGAGUAAACUGAACAACAAAGUACCUCCGCCAGUCAAACCAAAGCCUCCUGUCCAUUUUGAAAUUACGAAGGGCGAUCUGUCUUAUUUGGACCAAGGCCAUCGGGAUGGGCAGAGGAAGUCCAUGUCCUCUAGUCCCUGGCUGCCACAGGAUGGGUUUGAUCCUUCUGACUACGCAGAACCUAUGGAUGCUGUGGUCAAGCCGAGGAAUGAAGAGGAAAACAUAUAUUCGGUGCCCCACGACAGCACUCAAGGCAAGAUCAUCACCAUCCGGAAUAUCAACAAAGCUCAGUCCAACGGCAGUGGCAAUGGUUCUGACAGUGAGAUGGACACAAGUUCUCUAGAGCGCGGCCGCAAGGUGUCCAUUGUGAGCAAGCCUGUGCUGUACCGGACCAGGUGCACCCGACUUGGACGGUUCGCUAGUUACCGAACUAGCUUCAGCGUGGGGAGUGAUGAUGAGCUGGGCCCCAUCCGGAAGAAAGAGGAGGACCAGGCCUCCCAGGGAUACAAGGGGGACAACACUGUCAUUCCCUAUGAAACCGAUGAAGACCCCAGGAGGAGGAAUAUUCUUCGCAGCCUAAGGAGGAACACCAAGAAACCAAAGCCCAAACCCCGACCAUCUAUCACAAAGGCAACCUGGGAGAGUAAUUAUUUUGGGGUGCCCUUAACAACUGUCGUGACUCCAGAGAAACCAAUCCCCAUUUUCAUUGAACGAUGCAUCGAGUACAUUGAAGCUACAGGACUGAGCACAGAAGGCAUCUACCGGGUCAGCGGGAACAAGUCAGAGAUGGAGAGUCUGCAGAGACAGUUUGAUCAAGACCACAACCUGGACUUGGCAGAGAAAGACUUCACCGUGAACACUGUGGCUGGGGCCAUGAAGAGCUUCUUCUCAGAGCUGCCGGACCCCCUGGUGCCGUACAGCAUGCAGAUUGACCUGGUGGAGGCGCACAAAAUCAAUGACCGGGAACAGAAGUUACAUGCCCUCAAGGAGGUACUGAAGAAAUUCCCAAAGGAAAACCAUGAAGUCUUCAAAUAUGUCAUCUCGCACCUGAACAAGGUCAGCCACAACAACAAGGUGAACCUCAUGACCAGUGAGAACCUGUCCAUCUGCUUCUGGCCCACCUUGAUGAGGCCUGACUUCAGCACCAUGGACGCGCUCACGGCCACGCGCACCUACCAGACAAUCAUCGAACUCUUCAUCCAGCAGUGCCCCUUCUUCUUCUACAAUCGGCCCAUCAGCGAGCCCCCAGGCGCCGUGCCCAGCUCCCCCUCAGCCAUGGCUGCCACGGUCCCCUUCCUCACCUCCACACCGGUCCCCAGUCAGCCUUCCCCUCCCCAGUCACCUCCCCCCACCCCCCAGUCCCCCUUGCAGCCGCUGCUCCCCUCCCAGCUUCAGGCCGAGCACACGCUGUGAGCCGCCGUGCCGGGUCGCAGGAGAGUCCGUCUUGGUGUUGGCAUUGGGCCUUGAGCAAAAGCAGGUGCCCUGGGGCAGGCACAGCGAGGGUCC